AGCUUGGGUUCGCAGGCCUUGUGCUGCCUAGGCUAGGCCAUUGACCACAGCAAGCAACUCCGUUUGGUAUGCAGAGUUAGCCCCAUUGUUGCACAGAUCAGUCCAAUCCAUCGGCCUCACUUGCUUCCUUUCUGUAUCUUUAUAUCGUCGGGUCCGACAUCGCACCGUCCGGCACCGCCACAUCAUGUCAGGAGCCAACGGUUCAGAGCCGGGGCCAGCGACCCCUUCGACAAGUCCGAACUCCAGAAAAAACUUGGCACCCUCAGGGUUGAUAACCAAGACCCUCACUGCCGGCGCGUUUACAGGAACCCUCGGUGUACUUGUAGGCGCAGCAGCCGGCGUUAUCCGGGCUCGCCCAGCGGGUAUCAGCGCAAUUCUGGCUGGCGUCCACUGGUUUACAUUAGGAAGCGUCUACUAUUGCUCAAAGGAAGGGUUGGUUUCGGCUUGGGGAGGUGAGGGGGUUUUGACGCGAAGGGAUAAGGUCACAGCCAGUGCCUUUGCAGGUGGCAUCGCCGGAGCUGCAUCUGGGCUGCUAGCACGUGGCCCGCGCAAUAUGCUGCCCUCCGCCCUGGCAUUCUCACUACUUGGAGCUGGUGGACAGGCCAUUGCGAAUAACAUGGCCGAGCGUGCACCUGGACCCAAAAGGGACUGGCUAGCUUCUAAAUGGAGCCCGCUCACUCGCCUGACAGACGAAGAGUACGAGAAAAUCCUCGAGGAGAGGAUAUUGAAGCUCGAAGUUGAAAUUGCCCUAGCGGAGGACAGGAUAUCCCAUUUACGGGCCGCGGCGCAGAAUUCGGCCGCGGAAUCGGGAUAGUCAUGCUUGGCCAAGUAUACAUUCUGAGAGAAAGCUGUGGGGUCGCCAAAGAGACACGGCGUUGGUUACUUGGGGUGGGUAGAAAGUCACUUUGGAGACCUGAGACGUGCUGGAAUCCAAAAGUGUAACCAGAAAAAGGAACAAGCCAAGGGAGGGAUGGUUAGCCAUCUUUGAGGCUCAGUGAUAGAAUAGGCUGAUAAACGACAACAAGUGAAGCGUGGAAAAGAAUAGUCUCCUUUGGAGGAUCUGCGUUGCGGCAGGGGAGCUGGGCGAUGGUGCAUUUGACAUGUCAGGGGUGGGAGUGCGCAAGCUUGAAAUAGCUGUAGCACACGCUAGUCCAUUAGAUCCAAACUGGAAACGGCGUCCGCGUCUCAAGAUUUCGAUAGAGCUAGUUCCAGCAAGGGAACACGAUCCA